AUGAAUACUUUCCUGGUGCUGCUGAUUGUAAACGUUGUAAUCGGUGUUCGACCAGAGUGCGACAACUACGCUGUCAGGACAUGCCUUUGCUCGAGAGACGAGUAUGAAAUAAUAAACAGUCAGUGCCGAAGGUAUCAUGUCCACGAACUCGAUUAUGCAGAGUUUUUGCGAAUAAUGCUCAGAAUAUGUACACAGGGACAGAAGCAGUUCGGUGUAGAUCUACUCGACAAGUCACAGGUAAACGAUGUGAUAUUCUUGACAGAGGUUUUUGGACUUAUUUUCGACCAUUGUAACAGCAGGCGAUACGAGGUGUUUUCAGUGGCCACAAUUGUAAUGUACAACACAUCUUAUCUAUAUAAAAUGCAAAAAGCCAAAAGCGCAAAGCAAUACAAGCCUAGAGGAAUAUUCCAGUUAUCAGGGGUUGAAAAGUACGAAAUGAUGGACAAAGUGGGCUACCACUACAACGGAUUCUAUGUAAAAACACCAGAAAUACUUGGAAGAAAAAACACAAUGGUGGUUGAAGACUCAAUCAGAUAUUGGAUGGAGGUUUCACGCGACUAUAAUUACCGGCAAGAGAUCAAUAUAUUAACCUUGUUGAAAAUCCUAAAUCCGAAAUACUAUCAAAUGUACAAGGAAAGUUGUCUUAGGGAUAGACCAUGGUGGUCGUGGAACUGGUAUUGUAAUAAGCAAAAGAUUGAAGCAAACAAAAAGGUCGAUCUGCUAAUUGAUAUAUACAACAGUCUCAUAAGGAUAUUCAAGCCCGAGCCAAGAUUCAUAUUACCUGAAGGACGACUGCAAGGUUCUGAAGUACUAAAAGAAAGAGUCUGUUAA